GUUAAAUCAAGAAUGUAAGUCGCUUUGCCGUCCCCCCUUUUUUAAGUAUAAGCGGAGACUCGCUGGAAUAAAGAAUGUGUUCAUAGCCUAAUCCAUCACUCUCGAUGUAACACAUCGUGUAGUUAUAAAAACCUCCAUUGGGACCGAAGACCAAUUCAAUCACCUUAAAAAAAUAAAAACUCCCAGGCGAUAAUUCUAAAAGAACUCGUAUCUUGACCUUGGCAAACUGAGAUAUUACCUAGCUGUCACAAUUGAGCCAAAAUUUCCAUAGAGCCAGACGAUAAUAUACAAUGACCAAGUGUUUAUCUUGUGCAAUGCGUCGCCUGGCUGUCAUACUACCUAUCAUCGUAACUGGCGCUGCUCUCAGCCCUCUUGCGGCUGUAGAUAACCUAAUUGUAUUCGGCGACAGCUAUACCGACGAAGGCAGAUUGGCGUACUUCCAGUCUCACAACGGCUCAGCGCCGCCACCGGGCACUCUUAUUCCCACGGCGAACGUUACCGCUAGCGGCGGCUAUACGUGGCCUCACUUUGCCUCACAGCAGCUCGGGGCUACGACAUAUAAUUACGCAGUUAGCGGUGCGACGUGCUCCAACGAGAUAGUGAAGCGUUAUUUAGAAUCUAUCAAUGCUCCUUUUCCUUCCGUCAUCGACUAUGAAAUACCCGCAUUCCUAGCAGACGUGGAAUACGCUCUCCGCGUAGAAGACAAUGAUUUCCUCUCCAAUAGGAAGCCGAACAACACCGUGUAUGCUCUCUGGAUAGGGACUAACGACCUAGGUGUCAAGGGGUUUCUCACCGACUCUCAGCAGCCCGGAACUACCAUCUCGAAUUUCAUCGACUGUAUCUGGUCCGUGUUCGAUUCAAUUUACAGCACGGGAGGUCGACACUUGGUAUUAUUCAACGAGGCUCCGCUGGAUAGAUCACCGCUUUACGCCUCGCCUCAGAACGGCGGCGUCGGAGAUAACCAAUACCAGGAAAAUAAAACGUCAUAUAACACGACCGAGUACGAGCAAAAGAUGCUAGAAUAUACAACUAGCGUAAACACCAUAUUCUCCUACGGCGCACCGUUCCAGCUCCUCGUAGAAGCAAGGUGGCCGGGCGCCUCCUUUAGCAUCUUUAACGUCCACCAGCUCUUCUUGGAUAUCUUUAAGAACCCUUCCGAGUACCUAGACACGCCUGCGAACACCGACGCGCCAUAUUUCGGGUGCUCCAUCACGGAAGCAGGGGCCAAGAACUGUACCACAUCCCAAAAUUCGCUCUCGAGCUUUCUAUGGUACGACGAGCUCCAUCCCUCGUGGAAAGCAGAUGAGAUUAUCGCGUCGGAGUUUCUAAAGAUACUUAAUGGAACCUCAAAAUAUGGAACAUAUUACUAAAGUGUCAAUUGGUUUUGGAUAUCGAGAAAUUUGGUUAGGUACUCGAGCUGCGUAAUAACGUUGGGGGGUUACCAAGGGAUACUGUUUAAUUCCGGAUACCGUAGAACUGUUCAAUUGUUCGCGCACAGAUUAUUAAACGUUCGAAGGGCUCCGAUAAAUGUCGUAGCCGCAGAGUUUCGAUUGAAGAGUUGUUCGGGUGGUUUAGCACGACGUUUGAGUUUGGGAUUUGAACAGAUACGCGUGUUAAAUAGCAUAACUCAAACGCGCCAAACAUUAAAUAGACUCGACUCUGAGGCUUAAAUUUCAGCAAUCGUAAACACAAC